GAAAUUAAAUUUAAUUAAUAAGUAACAACUUGUCAAAAUAAUUUUCAAAAUAAGCGGUUGUGAUUAAAUUGUUACCAUCGUAUUAUUUUUCCAUUUCGUUUUGUGCUUUUUCUGCUGCUUUCCCUGUUAUUUUUCACGCUACGAUUCUGUUGAGUCGAGUAUUCUGCUCCAAACCAGUGAACACAGUUGUGAUGGUGAUUUGAGACAGAGACUCCAGUGUUUUGAGAGAGAGACUCCUAUGUAGAUACUUACUUAUUUGAGACAGGACUCCAGUGUUUUUGAGAUAGGACGUGUAUUUGUUGUGUUUAUAUGUGUAGUGAACAUGUCGUACAAGAGGUGCUGUAUUCCAGGCUGUUCAUUUACUGCAGGUUCUGAAAAUGCCCUGCAUGAUUUCCCGAACCCAUCAAAGGAUCUACAUAGAUUCAUGAUCUGGGUUAACAGUAUCGGUGGAGAUAUUUUAAAAUUGUCGAACAAUUUUAUAUUCCAGAAUCGAAGAGUCUGUCGCAUGCAUUUUGAAGAGAAGUACCAUUGUAGGUUAAAUAGACUCAGCAACAUAGCUGUGCCAACCAUGAACAUGCCUUGCCUCAACGCAAAUACAACAGUGGAAACACCAUUGCUUCAUGAACAGCAUCUGCUGAAUGUUCCAUCUGUCUCAACAGAACAUAGGUCUGCCUAUUUAACAAAGGCUGGACCAUUAAAAGAAACACAAAAUAUGCCUAUGAUUACCCUCAGUGAGGUUGAAAUGUCAAAGCAAAGAGAUUAUCUGAACGAUAAAGUAAAUAUUGGUGGACCAUGGCAUCACUUUCCUAAUCCAAAAACAGACACAGCGCGAUUUCGUCAAUGGGUAUUAAAAGUUGGACUACCGAUUAUUGGGCUUGAAGAUGAUUACAUCUAUCGGAACAGGAGAGUAUGUCACAAGCAUUUUGAUGUGAAAUGGCACUACACAACAAACCGGAUAUGUCGUUUGGCUAUUCCUACUCUGCAUCUUACUGGUCCGAAGUCCAGCCAACCAAAUAUACUCGACCAUGACUAUUGCUCGCAAAAUAUAGAAGAAGAUAAGUUGCUCGACACAAACGCUGCUGACGACACAGAAGCUGUGCCAUGCGAUGGAAGACCUGAUGAUGACCAUGACGAAGUAGAGGGCCAAGUUGAUGAAGAUAUAAACACAGAAAUAACUGAUGAAGAAAAUGUUGAAGUUUUACAAUAUGCUGCUGAAGAGUCGGGGGCGGGCGCGGACCCGCUGUGCGAGGAGCCUGAAGAAGAAGAAGAAGAGAAACCGGACGUCGACGAGCUCAAUACUCAAAUGGAAAAACUCUUCGCCGAAAACAUGGCAAGAGUGAGCAGGGUGGAGGACCUAGAGCAGUGCUGUCAUCUCUGUCUGUCUCGGGAAGGCUCACUGGCGCCGCUACUGGGCUCGGGACUGGAGGAAAUGCUGAUGGAUCUCUUCAGUUUGGAGGUGCGGGCGGGCGACGUGCCGGCGCAGGCGUGCGGCGACUGCGCGGCGCGCGUGUCCUCCGCGCACUCCCUGCAGCGCACCGUGCGCGCCGCGACCCGGCACCUGGCGCGCCUGCUGCAGGGAACAAUGGAUUCGACAGUUGAAGAUGGCGUCGAGCUAAAUAGUGCAACGGCAGAAACAAAAGAGCCUUCACUCGAACCAGUAACUGCGGACAACCAAGAGGUUACGAUGGAAAUGACAGAAGAAUAUAAAAGUAAUAUAGAGACAGAAGUUCAAGAGUAUUCGCCUGAACCAUUGAAUACGGAAGAACAAGACGUUUUGAUGGAAGAUGUUCAAGAUACUGUGCAGGCGGCUGAUAAAUUAUCCGAUGACGAAUAUUCGUUGCCCGAUCUGCCAUUUGAAUUCGAUAACAAGUCGCGAGAGAAGCAUGUUUGUUCUUUAUGCGAAGAGUCGUUUACGAACUUGACGUUCCUGUUGAAGCAUAAACGUGAAAAACACGGCGUGGAGGAGAGACACGUGUGCCGGUUCUGUGGAAAGAUUGUCAAAUAUAGAAUUGACAAACAUGAGAGGCUACACUUCGAUUCUAACCAAGUGCGCAAGAAGCACAAGUGUGAAAUGUGCGGCGCUGAAUUCGGCAUCCUGGGGCACUGGCGGCGGCACGUCCGGUGCAUGCACAACGGCCAGCGCCUGCCCGUGUGCCACGCGUGCGUGCGCGCCUUCGACACUAGAGAAUUAUACUAUGAUCACCUGAAGGAAGUACAUGGCGAUAAGAAUCCGUAUAAAUGUUCGCUGUGUCCCAGAGUUUACAAAGACCCGGAAGUGUUCAACCGACACAUGAAGCGUCACUACAAGAAUCAAAUCAAGACGAUAAGACCGCCGCCGGUCGCGUCCACCGACCCAGUGGCCCAGAUCAUCGCCGCUGUGUCUCAGGACAUUCACUCAGACUCUCAGAAUAAGGACCAGGAGUGCAGAAAUAACAACUACAAGUGUGAAAUGUGCGGUGCUGGGUUUGCGCAAAAGUUGUACUGGAAGCGACACAUCAAGAGGAAGCACAACGGGCAGCGCCUGCCCGUGUGUCGCGAGUGUGUGUGCGCCUUUGACACAAGAGAAUUAUACUUCGAUCAUUUGAAGGAAGUACACGGCGAUACGACUCCGUUCAGGUGUUCCAUGUGUCCCCGAGGCUUUCAAGAAAAGCUAAAAUUGGAUCGUCACAUAAUCCUCCACAAUAAGUCUAUUAUAAAAUCAGUUCCCGUCGAAACUGAGACCAGCGACGCAGUAGCUCAGAUAAUCGCUGCUGUAUCUACGGAUAUUGACCCUGAUCCUCAGAAUAACGAACAAGUUAUACGCUUUAAGCAGCGCCACAAGUGUGAAAUGUGCGGCACUGAGUUUCGAGUGAAGGGGUGCUGGCUGCGACACAUCAAUAAGAAGCACAACGGGCAGCGCCGGCCGGCGUGCCGCGAGUGCGGGCGCGACUUCGACACACGCGAACUGCUGUUUGAACAUUUGAAGCAACAUGGCGGUAGGAAACCGCCGUAUACAUGUACGCUGUGUCCCAGAGUCUAUACAGAGAGGGUUAGGUUCGACAGUCACAUGAUGCGCCACUACGGUAUAAGAUUUAAAAGGUCAGAGGCAAAACCCGGCGUCGCUUCAGCUCAGACUGUUGCUGCAGUAUCUAAGAAUAAGAAAGGUGGUUCUCAGAAUAAGUCUGUUUCUCGGAAAAAAACCGCCCAGCUCGCCACUCCUACUUUCUCCGCCGUUAUCAAAAUUUACGCUUGCGCCAGAUGCAAGAGUACCUUCAUUUCGUCUUAUGCUUUGAAUAGACACAAACUGCACUGCAGAACCAUGGAGUGUGAAGUGUGUGACAGUAAAUUUGAGAAUUUGGAGUGCUUAGUGGAGCAUUACAAGAGUGUGCACGAGUUGGAAGCCGUCAGAAAUCCGCGGGCGGUCCCGGCGCCCGGCGGCAAGACCCUCAUACAGAUACAGCCCGACCAAGUGCCGAAGCAUUUGAUACGAAAAGUAAUGGAAGCCCAGAAACUGUCUAAACUUAAAGAGGGUAAUAAGGCGGGCGGUGAUAAGUCUGCACCGCCGCUGCCGGAGGGCCGGGUAGCUAGCUGGUACCGUGAUCAGGCGCAGGAGAUCAUGAAGGAUUUAUAAACAUGUAUAUUUUGUUUUUGUAAUGUGUAAUUUUUUCGUCAAUUUGUUUUUAUAACUUAUUGAACGGUUCGUCUUUGCUUUGUGGGUUCACCAGUAUUUUGGUAUGAAAUGAUAACUAGUGAUAUAAGUUCGAUCUCGCAUUUUAAAAUAAAGAUUGUUUAUAAUCAUUAUAAGUAAGUAUCAACGGGUCUAGAAUAAAUAACAAGCAGUAUGUA